UUCAAUGUUGUUGACAUCCAGACGCGGUGUGUGCGAGACGGCGAGAGAGACUUGAUGAGUUUGAAUGUGAAACCUCAGAGAGAUGAAAGUGAUAAACUCCUGAGGAGAGAUGAGCGGAACACAGGCCGAGUCAUUACUGAUCGAAGCCGUCAAUCAAACAGAUGCCCGGUGUGUGGACACUCUGUUGUGUCAGGGUGAGAACCCCAACACGAUCACACGAGGCGGUGUGGCAGCCGUUCAUCUAGCGGCAGGUAAAGAGUCUGAGAGAGGACUGAGAUGUCUGCGACUCCUUCUACAGCACGGUGCUGACGCAAACCUCAGGACCAGCGAGGAUUUGACUCCUUUACACAUCGCUGCCUCUUGGGGUUGUUUUCAGAAUCUGCGCUUACUAUUGAGAAACGGUGGAGACCCAAACCUCAAAGAUCAGGAUGGCAAUAAACCGUCAGAUCUGGCAGAACAAGAGGAGAACAGUAAAUGUGCCAGUCUGCUUCAAGAGUAUGAAACACACACGUCACUGGAGGAACACCACCCGCACAAAUUGCAAUACUCCAUUCUGUCAGGCCCGUCCAUGAGUGACAGCUCGCUCGGUCUGGAGGUUUCCAGCGUGUUUGAUCAACAUGAACCUCUGAGCAGCACACGUCUGUCCAGCAGGAUGAGCAGAGAGAGUCAGAUGUUCUGUCUGUCUGACGUGUCUGAUGCACAGCCCAUUCUCUCCAGUACAUCAGUCUCUGUGCUGGACCAUGAGAGCGACGGAUGUCCCUGGAGAAAGAGCGUCACCUUCAGAGAACCACCAGAUGGUUUCCCAGCGUCCAGUCCAGAGCCGUCUCCCGAUCGCUCCGCUGAUGUAACCCUAAACCUUUCGGACUACUCUCAGUUCCUGGGAUCGGAGCGCAUGGCUACAGUCUUCCAGAAUCAGGGAAUCGAUGUCACAUAUCCUGAUGAUGUAUUCAUUUUCUCCAAAGAAGCCAAUGAGCUGCAGGAUGAGUUUGAAAAGACUGUGGUGGGGCCGGGAUUACAUCACCAUGAUGAUGAUGAUGAUGAAGAAGUGUUUAAGAGCACCGUUCAGCCUCCCGUCAGCAGCGGAUCCAGUGAGUACAACAGCUGUGACAGCGUCCCCUACACCAGUCCAAGCCAAACUUCAACUGAAAACAUUAAACUUCCCUCAGCCAGUGAUGACGGGAAGAGAACGGAGUGCGAAUCUCAUUCAGACAGACACCAGGUCACCCAACUCCACUUCACACCCAGUCCCUUUGUGACCGGGAGGACGCGCUCGCGACAGAGCCGCUGCUCACAGAGAAUGAGCUCCAGUUUGUCCUCCAGCUCUUCUCUGUUUGAGCAGACGCUUCCCACCGUCACCCGCUCACGCCGCAACACCCUCAGAUCACCGUGCCCUCUGUCCAAACACGACAUCUGUGAAGAAACAUCUGAUGUGUGCUCUCUGAACCUGUCUGACGGAGACAGUCAAGCUGACACGCAUCUGUUAUUCGACAGCAUGGCCGACACCGUCAUCAUUCCUGAAAGCUGUCGGAAAGAAACAGAUACGAUGGGAUAUUUGACUUCGGACGAACUUGAGGAAAGUAGGAGGACGGAGUCCGGCAACUCCACCGCAUCGCUUCCAGAAACCGGCUGUGAAACUCCUGAAACGCGGAUGAAAGCAUUCGGCUCUUCGGGACUGACGGGCUGUACGCCUCGAUACAGCAUGAGCCGACUGUCAGGUCAUGUGAGACGCCGGACACUGGCCGACAUCUCUGUCAUCAGCGGACAGACGUCAUGCAACGAUCCGGUGGAAUAUCUGUACACGGACUCUGAAGAAGGUCACGAACUCAUCGAGACUCACGUCCCCGUCACGUCCAACAGCUCUCUGUGCUCUUCUGAAGACACGCUGCUGUAUGACUGGAGAUCUCUACAGAUCACCGACACAAAUCCAGUCAAACAUCACCACGAUCAACAUGAUGAUGAAGACGUGCUGAGCGGAUUAACUGACCGACAACUCCGAAACAAACUCAUCCAACUGGGAGAAGAUCCAGGACCCAUAAAUACUCACACUCGACCCUUAUAUCUGCAGAAAUACAAGAGAUCUCUUCAGAAGACACACACGUCACACUCAUCACAGAGUCCAGCUUCACAUCUCACAGUUACAGGUUACAGUGGAGAACUGGAGAAAGCUCUUGACAGGUUCAUUCUUCCAGACUGUCAGGCGGAUGAGCUGGCCUUGUGUCAGCAGUUUGAUCAGGCCGAUCAGAAUAAGAGAUGGCGUGAAGGUUUUAUUAAAUCCAGCUUUAACUAUCUGCUCCUGGACCCGCGCGUGACGAUGAAUCUGCCGUAUCGAAGUCAAUCCAUGAGUCCUAAAGAGUGUUUUCAGACCUUCAUCAAUGCUGUGUUUUAUAUCGGCAAAGGCAAACGCUCCAGACCGUACAGUCAUCUCUAUGAAGCGCUGGAAUAUUUUAAAGGAGAUAAGACCUCAAAGAAGCUGUGUUCAAAAGUGCAGCAGAUUCUUCAGGUGUGGAACAGUGGGAAUGGAGUCAUCUCUCUUCACUGUUUUCAGAACGUCAUCGCUGUGGAAGCGUACACGCGUGAGGCCUGUAUGGUGGAUGCUGUCGGUCUGAAGAUGCUGACUAACAAGAAACGAGGAGAUUACUACGGUGUGGUGUCAACCUGGCCCGUCCGGAGGAAGAGAGAGUUAGGAGUUCAUCUGCUUUACCGCACAAUGCAGAUCUUCUUAGCUGAAGGAGAACGACAGCUCAGACCGGCCGACAUCAGAUGACCCGCUGCUCACAUUCAACUGUCGUGAUUUGAUCUGUUUCUUGUUUAUUCAAUCUCAUCUCAUUUGGUCAUGUUAACACAUGUUAAUCUGUAGUGCAAAUAAUCAACAAAACAAUGUAUCUAGUAUAUUAGUAGCAGUAGACUUAAAACAUGAUGAUGUUAAUAAUUCAUGUUUUUACCUUUUAUGAACUUGUUUCUUAAAUGUUGAUGUGUGUGUACUCUUGUAAUAAGUGCAGAGAUGAAACUGCUGUAUGAGAAUUAUUUUCAUAAUAAACAUCUCGAGUCAGU